GCAUUCAAACGAAUUGGGUUUGCCCUCAUCCUAAACAUACAGAUUCCACCUAUUUCUAAUUAGGGUUCCGAUUAAUUUUCCACUCUCGAUCGCCUGCACUCCGCCUACCCUUUCUCUUCAUUGUUUAUUAGGUAUACUAAAUAGCAUGUGAUAUCCGAAUUCUGCUCCUGUUUCUGGAUUUUUAUGUUCUCAUUUUUGGGUUUUCUUUAUAUUGUUGAUCGCAAUUCACUAUUUUCGAAAUUGGUGGGGGAUGAAGGUGAAUUGUUAUACUUCCUUGUUAAAAGGAUUUUGGUUUAGCUCAACUAUUGGCGGAAUGAUGUUUUAGGAGCAAUUGUAUCGUCUUUGACUGCAUAAUGUUUGGAUUUUCUCUAGAUAGAAGUAUGUUUACAAUCAAUCCAAUAGAAACAGAUGAUUUUACAGAUCUUAUUCUCCUUGCUUUUAGGUUCACGACAGACCUUUUCAGUUUAUUUUUUUUUCUGCUGUUUGUUGUUAUAAGGGUAUUAGUUACUCUUUUGAUAAAACAAGAGAUUUUAUGAAGAAAAGGAUUAGUUGUGAAAAUAAAUCAAUAAUCUCCAUAAAAAAUGAACAAAAUUAAUUUGAUUAGAUGAAAACAGAAGAAAUCAUUAGAUAAAAUAAAAAUAUACAGAGUUCUCGAAAUUGAUAAAACAUUGAAAUAUACAGCUCCCAUGUAUGGUACCUGGAAGGGAGAUUACAAAAACCUUGAAUUUUCUAUGACUUAAUACCCCAACAAAAUCUAAACUUUGCCAUUUCCGCACUUAUAAGGAUCCUCUUGCUCCUUGACUUCUUUUUAGCUACAAUGACCAAUAGAGUUACUUCAAGAAGGGUUAUUUUGACAUUGUAGGGCAUGUUAUUCAUUUGUUGUAGCUAGUCUUCAUGUUGGAAACACACCUGUAUUAUUUCUUGUACACGUGCCACUCAUUACCGGGUUAGGCAAGUUUUUAUUCUAGCUUUGUAUGACUUUACAACCACUGAUUGUCUUUUCAGGUGUCUGAUCUAUUCAAAGUAAUACUCCUAUAUAGUUUUUGGAGUGCUGUAUUUUCUUCUUUUCUCAACUUGGUUCAGUGCCUGUAGGAUUAUCCACAUUGUGCGUCUUUUUUUAUUAUUAUGAAAACAGAUAUGUAUAUGUCACUAUUAUCAUUGACCACCGUACUCAAUAGAUAUUUUUUAUCAAUCAAUUUCUUAUUUUAAUCAUUUAAAGUCCUACUUCUUGCUGACCAUGAUAUGCAGCCUUUUGUGGUUUAUUAUGCUACUUAUUAUUUCCAAGAGUGCAACUAUUUAUUAGAAGCAUUAAAAUUGCUGUCUUUUGUUAACUCUAUUGCUAAAUCGAAUUUGAGCUUGCUUGUCAGUCAGUGGCUAACAGUAAGCAUUGAGCCAGACUUGGUGUUCAGGUAAUGGAUAAAGCAACCAAUCCUAGCUUAUUUGUUAAUGAUGGAUCUUUCAUGGAGAGGUUCAGACAGCUUCAACAGGAGAAGGAGAAGAAGUCUGAAAUAUUGGAUAAAUCAUCAGGCUCUAGUAAACUUGUGACAUCUAGUCCAAAGACUGUUAUUAGUAAUACAUCCAUAGAGUUUAAGGCUAAUGGCUCUCGGAAGCCAAACCAAAUUCCUUCAAGUGGAAAACUUGCAUUCAGCUUGAAGCAAAAAUCAAAACUCAUCACACCCCCUGUUAAGUUUGAGGAAGAUGAAGAUGAUAACGAUGCUGGAAAUUCCUCAGAUGAUGGGCCAAUGAAGCGGCAGAAGUUGAGCCAGCAUGAUAUUUCUGAACAGUCAUCUAAACAAAUUGAUGUUGCACCACCUCCCCCAAGUGAUCCUACAGUAAGGAAAGUUGCAGACAAGCUUGCAAGUUUUGUGGCCAAGAAUGGAAGGCAAUUUGAGCAUGUAACUAAGCAGAAAAAUCCCGGAGAUACUCCCUUCAAAUUUUUGUUCGAUGAAAGUUGUCCAGAUUACAAGUACUAUGAAUAUAGACUCAGUGAAGAGGAAAAGGCAUUGUCCCAAACCAGAGAUUCACAGACAUCAGAAAGUGGUAAUGCACCUCCCAAUCAAGUGGCCAGUAGGCCUAGUUCCCAAAGAUCACAACAUCAGCAUUCUAAGUAUCAAAUUCCACCUUCAGCAUUAUAUGAAACCACAGAUCACAAAGGAGCAUCCUAUGGAUCAUCACAAACAAUUGGAAGAUAUGGUGAAUCAAGUGCCCCAUCUGGCUCAGAUCCUAUAGCAAUGAUGGAGUACUACAUGAAAAAGGCUGCACAAGAAGAGAAGCUGAGGCCUCCUAAACACUCAAAGGAUGAGAUGCCCCCACCUGCAUCCUUACAAGCUUCAAAAAAAGGUCAUCACAUGGGUGAUUAUAUUCCUCCAGAAGAGCUCGACAAGUUUCUGGCAACAUGUAAUGAUGCAGCUGCCCAGAAAGUUGCCAAAGAGUAUGCAGAUAGGAUGAAAAUUCAGGCUGAUAAUGUAGGCCAUCGGCUCUUAUCUAAAAUGGGUUGGAAGGAAGGUGAGGGCCUGGGUAGCUCGAGAAGUGGGAUUGCAACUCCUGUUAUGGCAGGAGAUGUGAAAAAGGACAACUUGGGUGUUGGUGCACAUGCUCCUGGGGAAGUGGCCCCUGAUGAUGACAUUUAUGAGCAGUAUAAGAAGCGCAUGAUGCUUGGCUAUCGUCACAGACCGAAUCCUCUGAACAAUCCUAGGAAGGCAUAUUACUGAUGGCUUGAUCAAAAGCGUCUGCUCCAAUAAAUGAUCAUUCCUGUUCAAAAGUUUCUGCCCCAUUUUAUUGGAAAAAUUUAAUGACAAAUUCAUGCCAUGAUACCCCAAAUGCAUUACUCUGAUCUUUUGUAUAUUUACAGUUCUCCCUCCCUUGUUCAGGACUAUUUCCUUUGUUACCCAGUUAAUUUUGUUUCACUAGUGCUUUUCAAGUUCCAUUGUACUUUCUUUUACUGCUACAAAAAUAUGAGUUUAUUUUACUA